UUGCUUAAACUAGAUAUCGUUUGCUAAACCAGUAUUAAAAACCAAACAUUCACCAUCAAUUUUUGUGCACCCCUGGCAUCCAAUAGGACAAAUGUGGAAAGGGCGUGAGUGGGGGAGGACUGUGUCUAUUUUCCGCCAGACACAGAUGGUUUUACAGACGCAGAAACACAGUCGGGGAUGCACGGGGGCACAGCUCUUGCUCUUAAAAUAUCAAAACUCGCAUUUUGUCAUCUCAUUUAUUUUGGAAAUAUGUUUUUUCUUCAAAUACCAAGUUGAGGUUGACAUUCAUCUGUGGGGAUUUUAAGAUUUAUUUAUUUUUUGUACUUCUUUUCCAAGUUGACCUUCAUUGAAGUCGCCUUUAAAUCAAAUGUCUGCGCGUGCUUGGAGAGCAUGAUGAAGACCAUUUUUCAAACCAGCAGAGUUCAUGCUGUUUAACUUUGGAAAGAAAAACAGAAUUUGCGCGAAAAUAGUAUUUAUUGCUUGCACGUCUUGGGCGCCGGACACAAGCCCUGAUAAUGUUAGUGUAUGUGAUCGUUUCUGCUGUGUUGUUAGUCGUAAGCGUGAGACCUGCUGAGGGUUUUCCCAAUUACAAAUAUGAUUACAUGGACGAGGACUUGGCCACCUUCGACUACUACAAAGUUGUGGAUGAGUUUGACGACAGGAACGGGACGGAGGGGUGCGACACGUGCGUGCCGGAGCUGUGUCCCCCCGCGCGUGGCUGCAGAGCGGGGCUCGUGAAGGACAGAUGCGCCUGUUGCUCGGAAUGCGGCAACUUGGAGGGACAAACCUGUGACCUCGGACACAGAAAUGUCUAUUAUGGGCUGUGUGGAGAAAACUUGGAGUGCCAACUGGACAGACUGGACGGCGAGGAGGAUGAACCGCAGUGUGUGUGUUUGUCUCAACAAACUCUGUGUGGAUCAGACGGACAAACAUACAAGAAUAUCUGUCAGUUCAAAGAAGCGGCGUUUAUAAACCCACAACUUAAUAUGACAGAUGGACCGUGCAAGACAGUCCCAAACAUCAAAGUGCCGCCACAUAAUCAGGUUAAUGUAACCGGGAGCAGUGUGGCAUUUAUGUGUGAGGUGUCUGCAUUUCCCAUGGCACUGGUGGAGUGGAGGAAAGAUGGAAAGGAGGUCAUUUUACCUGGCGAUGAUCCCCACAUAUCAAUUCAGUCUCGAGGUGGCCCUCAGAAGUAUAUGCUCUCUAGCUGGCUGCAGAUUGAAGUGUCCAGUCCGGCGGAUUCUGGCACGUACAGGUGCAUCGCUCGAAAUGAGCUCGGCCAAGUUUCAGCUACUGCAAUUUUAGGGGUGUUGCCUCCAGAUGAGAUGGCUGCUUAUUUGGAACAAAAUGUAAAUGCAGUGAUGGACUAUGACCAAAUACAGGACUACGACAGGGAUUAUUACUAAACUUCAGAUCCAAACACCCUGAAGACAAACAUUCUUACUGACUAAGCCUUGGCAAAAUAACAACCAGGCAACGAUUGUAUAUUCACCCGUAAAGAAUACAAAAAACAACCCCUCCGGAAUUUAUGGAACAUCUGGGUAGUCACACGCAUGGAGACGGAUGGUGAGGUCAAGUCAAUUCCCAAUGGUACCGGCCUCCGAGACGGAUGAAAAACACAAAAGUGAAGAGAAUUAAGUGGAGCAGCUACCAUAGAUGGCUGGAUAUAGAAAGUGGUGCGGAUCAAUGUCUUUUUUGUUUUUCUAAUGCUGUUCUUUAAAGCCCUUGUGACCAGUUGGAUAACAAAACACAUGGAGUGAGGAGACAUAAGAAACUCAAAACUGAAUUCUGAGUGCCUUCCAAGUCAUGCCUUUGCAUAAUCAAAUCUAUGAGGGAAACACUAUUGCCUGCUUUUGCGUUCAGGUGCCAAGUAGACUCCAUCAAAUUCAAAGCAGAUUGCAGAUCAGAUUUUAAGUUUGUGUACUGUAUGUUCCCACAUAUGGCAUCAUUGUGUGUCAUUCGUGACCCAGUCAUUUUUUGUAAUUUACUAUUUGUACAUAAAAUCAUCUUACGUGAUGUAAAGAAAAUACAACAUUGAUAUCUAUAAGGUAAUGUCAACGAUGUGAAAUCAAACAUAAUUAGAUUAUUUAGUCUGGAUUUCACAUAUUUGGUUGAGCCAGUCUGAGCAUGUGCACAGCUGGCUUCAAUGCAUUUUUACGAUCUCCUGUCUAAGGACAUAAAUGCGGUUGUUUUAUUCUAAUGUAAGCUUGUGUAGGUUGCACUUACAGGUCUUCUUUAAUGAAACGCCAUAUGGGAGACACCAUAAGGCUGGAUAGUGAGACCAAAACAUCUUGACUCUGUAAUUUCACCUCUGCUAAGUCGACUGGAGACCUAUAGUUAAGGACACGGAUACGGCUUUUUUAACUCGUCUGCUCUCCUCCGUCCUGCCCUUUCAUAAAGUUCUCUGGUUACUUAAAAUAAUUAUGGUAACAGCUAUGCAUGUAAUUUUAGGUUAGGUUUUGCCUACCACACUAUUUAAAGAAUGUAAAAGUUUAACGUAUCGACACCUUGAAUUAGAGGAUCUGUGAAACUUUUGCAUAAAUGUACUGUUAUAUACUACACCUUUCGAAAACAUUUUUUGUGUAAUAAACCAAAUGU